UCACUGUAUCAACCACCAACUGUAAAAGCUUUAAAUGGGGGUGGGGUAACUUAGCCUUAUUAAUUACACCGGAGCUCAAAUAGUACCCCCCGGGAAAGGGAUGUCGUAGAUUUGCCGCCACGUCAUAUCUCUAAGAAGGUCUUUCUCCUCCGUCCACUCUCAGGCAAGCUCAAGCCCGCUGCGAAAUUACCCCUAACCAAAUUGAAAGGAUACAAGAGAGAGAGAGAGAGAGAUCUCGACGCUCUGCGCUUUCUAACACAAUCGUUUUCCGGUGGAAGCUUUCAAAAGAAAAAAGCAAGGAAUACAACAGAAACUGAAUGCUCCGUUUGCUUUUUCUUUCAAUAUCAGUUUACUAACUGAUGAAUUGAUUGAAAUUUACAAAAUUAGAAAUGGACAAAAUCGAAAACGGAAGAGUGGAGAACACCGGCGUUUGCUCAACGCCGACGGCCAACGGAGGAGAAGAUGUUUAUAGCUGCAAAGGAUCCGAUGCUUCUUCCGCUGAUCAUCUUGUUAUAAUGGUCCACGGAAUUCUUGGAAGUGCUUCUGAUUGGAAGUUUGCAGCUGAGCAAUUUGUCAGGAUGCUUCCUGAUAAAGUUUUUGUUCACUGUAGUGAAAAGAAUAUGGCUGCCCUGACAUUGGAUGGUGUGGAUGUGAUGGGUGAGAGAUUAAGUGAAGAGGUUCUGGAUGUGAUUAAGCGAAAGCCAGAUAUGCGAAAAAUUUCUUUUGUUGCGCAUUCUGUGGGUGGUUUAGUGGCGAGAUAUACCAUUGGUAGAUUGUAUAGACCUCCGAGCAAGGGAAAUCCAGAAUACUCGUCAUCUAAUUCCAGUGCAGAAGAGUCAAAGGCUACAAUAGCUGGUCUUGAACCAGUAAAUUUCAUCACUUUUGCGACUCCUCAUCUUGGGUCAAGGGGUAAUAAACAGGUGCCAUUUCUCUUUGGCGUGCCUGCCUUUGAGAAAGCUGCUGGCUUAUUUAUUCACUGGAUUUUUAGGAGAACAGGCCGUCACCUUUUCCUUACAGAUCAUGUGGAUGGCAAACCUCCAUUACUAAAACGUCUGGUGGAAGAUGAUGGUGACUGCCAUUUCAUGUCUGCCUUGCAAGCAUUCAAACGCCGAGUGGCAUAUUCUAAUGUUGGCUAUGACCAUAUUGUCGGCUGGAGGACAUCAUCGAUUAGGCGUCAUAAUGAACUACCAAAGUGGGAGGAUUCAAUCAACGAAAAAUAUCCUCACAUUGUGUAUGAAGAACGCUGCAAGGCCUGUGAUGGUGAGCAGUGUGACUCAGUUUUGGUGGAAGAUGAUGGUUUGGAUGAGAUAGAAGGGGAAAUGGUGACAGGGCUAUCUCGUGUGUCAUGGGAGAAAGUGGAUGUCAGCUUCCAUAGCAGCAGGAUGAGAUUUGCUGCCCAUAGUGUUAUUCAGGUGAAAUACCACUACAUGCAUACAGAAGGCGCAGACGUUAUACGGCAUAUGAUCGAUCAUUUUCUUCUAUAGAAGCCAGUUAAGUUUCUGUGAAUGGAUCAAAGCUGAGAAUUCUCAGUUAUGUUGUAGAGUUAAAAUAGAAGCCGGAGAUUUAUUGUUCUCCUCGAAAAAGCAUAUUCAGUUGCAUGCAUUGGGAUCCUUGCUCGAUGAAUGUUCGUUGAGCUAUAUAUCAUUGCCUUGGUUGCUGGCUGAAAGGAGCUCCUAGGUAUCGACGUCUAAACCACAUGAUUACGCCUGCUAGUGGUGACAGGCUGACAGCUAAGAGAGCUGUGCUUCAGAAAAUUUAUUCAUUUACAGUACAGUAUAAUGUAUUCAUAGUGCGGACAGUGUUAAAUAAAUGAGAAUGUUGCCAUCCGUACCAAGGAUCGUGCAAAAACAUCCCCUUGUCUGUGCUGGUCUAACGGGAACAUUUCAUGAUGCGGAGUGUAAAUGUAUCGAUAUCAUCACCCCGUGCUUCCUUCAUGAUCCUUUAAUGGUCCAAAGUAGUACGGUUUUACUUGUCU